CGCUUGGAAGUCCAACAUCCCGACGGCCUGAAGCUCUCUCCUCAACUCAUUAUUCAUCGGUCUCCCCUCCUGUUCGGGUGCCCGAUUCAAUCCUUGACCUUUGCCCCCUCUCUCCAGGGAAAUCGCUGGCAGAUCGUCCCUGUCAAUACCGAACGUUCCGGCUCCCCUCCCUAGAAGUCGGCACUUCGACCCGUCCCACUCCACUAUUGACAGCCUGCGUAAGAAUCAAUCAAGUUCGCGACAUGGCAACUUGACGCAUCAUGAUUAUUCUUGGCAUUGGCAUGGUCAGAGCAAUCAGAACACGACUAUAGUUAUUCUCCUCUCUCAUCCUCAAUCGAUCCGGGUAUCGUUUCAACCCCUCCAUUUUGAAUCCCGUCCGCGGCCACUCCCCUGAUUCUGUUCCCGACCAAUUGUUGUGGCGGACGACGACCAUUCUUGAUCAUGUCUCACAACUUUGAGAAGUCGGUGAAGGGAGCCACCAAGAUCAAGCUCGCCGCCCCCAAAUCCAAAUAUAUCGAACACAUUCUUGUUGCGACCCAUACAGGCGAGGCAGGUGUGGCAGAGAUCUUUCGAACCCUGCAGCUUCGACUUCGCGACUCAACAUGGACGAUUGUUUUCAAAGCGCUAAUUGUUGUCCACCUGAUGAUAAGGGAGGGGCAGUUGGAUGCCACCUUACAGUACAUGGCGGAGAACCCAAGGAGACUUGCGAUCAGCGGAUUUUCAGAAGUGCAGUCACAGGGCCACAAUAUUCGGAGAUAUUCUGACUAUCUCAUCGCUCGCGCAAGAGCGUUUGAGGACACAAAGACCGACUAUGUACGGAGCGGGCAAGGUCGGAUGAGAAGAUUGACGGUGGAGAAGGGUCUGUUGAGGGAGACAGAAAUUGUCCAACACCAGAUUCACGCGCUACUCAAGUGUGACCUUCUCACUGACGACGUCGAGAACGAAAUAUCCUUAACCGCGUUUCGCCUACUGACCUUGGAUCUUUUGACCCUCUAUUCAGUCAUGAACGAAGGAACAAUAAACGUUUUAGAGCAUUACUUCGAAAUGUCACGACCCGACAGCGAACGCGCCUUGGAAAUAUACAAGACAUUCACCGCUCAAACGGAAGAAGUUGUUAAGUUUCUGGGAGUUGCUAGGCAUUUCCAGUCUGCAACGCGCUUGGAAAUCCCCAAGCUCAAGCAUGCUUCUACAGAUCUGACGCGGCUCCUGGAGGACGACCUCAACGAUCCGGACUUCAACCUCCGCCGGCGAGAGUAUCUGGCACGAAAGCAAGGAAAGAGUGGCGGAGCUCCUACACCUGUGCCCAAGAAUGCGACAGGGGAACGGGUUGUCGGCAACUCGAAUCCUACGCUCGCUCGACCUCAGACGCAGCCAAAUCCACAAAAGUCCGCCGCACCAGAUCUUAUCGACUUCUUUGAUUCGAUUGAACAGAACCAGCAGCCAAUGGCCCAGUCCAACCCGUUCCAACAGGCACAACUGCAGCAACAACCACAGGCGAUGCAGUUCCAGCAAACAGGCUUUCCCCCGCAGCAGCCAGCUUUUUACGCGCAACAAACGGGUUUCCAGCAGCCCCAAGCGAUCGGGUUCGAUCAGCAAGCGGCUUUUGGGACGCAGCUUGCGCCGCCCAACAACCAACAGUUUGGACAGCAACAACAAGCCCCCCAACCCCUUCAGCCUAACCACACGGGGGCCGGAUUUGGCGGUUAUUCGGCGCAGCCCCAGACGUAUGGGUUCCAAACCAACCUGGCUCCCAUCCCACAACAUGAUGUUAGCGCAUUCCCACAACAACAGCAACCGAUGCCAAUGGCCCAGCAGCAGUUGCAACCUCAGUCCACCAACCCCUUCAGACAGUCGAUGCUAAUGAGCACGCCGACCGGUUCGGCCCCGCCUGCCGCCCCCAUCAACCGCCAAAACACGAAUCCAUUCGCACGACGCCUAUCAACGGCCAACCCACAGUUCGAUGCCGGUGUUCCCCCAGCCUUCCCGCAGACGCAGGUGCAGCCGCCAGCGCCGCAACAGCCGGCGCCGCUCCAAGCACAGCGAACAGGAACCAAUCCUUUUGCUCGAGCCUCCUCUGUUCCCCCGCAGCCGUCGCAGGGGUUGCAACCUCCUGCAGCAGCACCGCUCCGACCGAAUCCUACAGGGAGCACAAAUCCGUUCCGCCAGAGUGCCUUUGUGAACCAGCAGACAGGCCAAGGGUGGCAUGCCAGUGGCCAGCAAGGUACGAUGGGAGGCUUGGAGCAACUGGACACGGUGCCGAUAUUCCCGCGACCGGGACUAUCAUAACGUUGCGGAGGCUUUGACUUCCCAACGCUGCAAGCUGCAGCCGCACGGGGUAUUCUGUUAGACCUACCUAUUUUCUCCUUAAUAUUCAUUUUUAUCAUCGACUUGCAUUUGGUUUAUUGUGUUAUUGAAUGCAUAACGGCGGGCUCGCAGCGCGGGUCCGACCGUUGACCAUGUAGCGAUAGCAGGCAAUGUUUAGUGACCGGGGGACGGGCAAGCAUCUAGCAAGAAUUGUAG